GCAGCGGAGCGGCCGGGACCGUAGCCUCCCUGCGACGCCAGAGCCCCGCGGCGGCGGCCUCGCGGCGGCGGGUCAGCGAAGACCCACGGAGGCGGAGGCGGCGGCCUCGGCUAGCUGUUCUUUUCCUAGAGUUGUGCAUAUAGGACAUCCUGGAGUCCACCAUGAAUGGACAGUUGGACCUAAGUGGGAAGCUGAUUAUCAAAGCUCAACUUGGGGAGGAUAUUCGACGAAUUCCCAUUCAUAAUGAAGAUAUUACUUAUGAUGAAUUAGUGCUAAUGAUGCAGCGUGUUUUCAGAGGAAAACUUCUGAGUAAUGAUGAAGUUACAAUAAAGUACAAAGAUGAAGAUGGAGAUCUUAUAACGAUUUUUGAUAGUUCUGACCUUUCCUUUGCAAUUCAAUGUAGUAGAAUACUAAAACUGACAUUAUUUGUUAAUGGCCAACCAAGACCCCUUGAAUCAAGUCAGGUGAAAUAUCUUCGUCGAGAACUGAUAGAACUUCGAAAUAAAGUGAAUCGCUUGUUGGAUAGCUUGGAACCACCUGGAGAGCCAGGACCAUCUACCAAUAUUCCAGAAAAUGACACUGUGGACGGAAGGGAGGAAAAACCUGCUGCUUCUGAUGGUUCUGGAAAACAGUCUACUCAGGUUAUGGCAGCCAGUAUGUCAGCUUUUGAUCCUUUGAAAAACCAAGAUGAAAUCAAUAAAAAUGUCAUGUCAGCAUUUGGCUUAACUGAUGAUCAGGUCUCAGGACCACCCAGUGCUCCUACAGAAGACCGGUCAGGAACACCCGACAGCAUUGCUUCCUCUUCCUCAGCAGCUCACCCACCAGCAGUUCAACCACAACAGCCUCCAUAUACAGGAGCUCCUGCACAGGCAGGUCAGAUUGAAGGUCAGAUGUACCAGCAGUACCAGCAGCAGUCUGGCUAUGGUGCACAGCAGCCUCAGCCUCCAGCUCAGCAGUAUGGUCUUCAGUAUUCAGGUAGUUACAGCCAGCAGACUGGACCCCAACAACCUCAGCAGUUCCAGGGAUAUGGCCAACAACCAACUUCCCAGGCACCAGCUCCUGCCUUUUCUGGUCAGCCACAACAACUGCCUGCUCAGCCACCACAGCAGUACCAGGCGAGCAGUUAUUCUCCUCAGACUUAUACUACCCAAACGUCUCAACCUGCUAAUUACACUGUGGCCCCUGCCUCUCAGCCUGGAAUGGCUCCAAGUCAGCCUGGGGCUUACCAACCAAGACCAGGUUUUACUUCAUCUUCCGGGCCUAACCCUUAUGCACGUAACCGUCCUCCCUUUGGUCAGGGGUAUACACAACCUGGACCUGGUUACCGAUAAGGAGGCUCAGCUAUGCAGAUGAAUGUAGCUGAUAGCUAAUUGCUUCCCAAAAGACUCCAAUACUGUUUUGUUUUAAUUUGUAUUGAAGUUCAGAAAUUUAAAAGGCAGAACUUUUUUUUAUGAUAUUGUUGAUGUUAAUUGAAACUAUAAUUUGCUGGAACACACACACCAAAUUGAAAGUUGUUUUUUCCCCUGCUUAAAAAUGUAGCAGCUUCCUAGUUACUUUAAAACACUACUCUUAACAUUUGUGUAAAGUUACUGGCUUUCUAGCUUUCUCUGUCCAAAGGAUAUUAAAAGGCUAGAUUAAGGUUUAGUAGCCACCAUCAUACUUGGCUGUUGACUAUUAAUGUACUAAAUAGAGCCUUUUGGAGAUGAGUAGGUAUUAUGUAUAAAUGUAACAUUGGUAGGCUAAUAAAGGUGAUUGAAUUCA